AUGGCAAUUGAUUCAGUAAAAAAAUAGAAACUCUGUCACAAUAAUCACAAUAGAUUCAUAGAUUUUAAGAUGUGCAAGAACAUGAAUAUGAUAAUAGAGUAGAUUUGCUUUAGCCUAAGAAACAUUGGUUUGCUUGUACUUUAAGAAUACAGCAAGGAUCUAGCCUCAAUUGGAAUAGUAUAAGAUUCUGGGAAUCUAUGUGAUCCAUAUAUAUUAUCUGAAGGAGAAUAGAAAACUUUUAUAGAGAAUUUUAAAUGCUACAAAAGAAUACUUCUUUAGUUUACAAAAGUUGCAGUUGAGUACUAUUGCUAACUAAACAAUUUCUUUGAAAGAAAACCCAUUGCAGACAGUCAAAUGUAGCUAAUAUUGCUGCAUUUGAUGGUAGCUAGAUUUAGAACUAUUGAAUUAUUAGGACUCCUCUAAACUGAUAUUAUUUUGAAAGUGAAAUCAGAAACUACCAAUGACAUAGAAGAUGAAAAAAUGUAGAAAAAGAAGAUAAUAGAGACAGAGCAAAAUUAUUUUAAGAAAAGAGAGGAAAUAGCAAAAUUAAAUGCUCUUGAAUAGCAAGUACAAAAUAUAAAUCCUUUAGAUAAAUAAUCAAGAUUAGGUCCUUAGGAUGAUAAUAGUAAUGACUAAUAAUCUUCUCUGCCCAAGAUAUCUGAAUAUAAAAAUUAGGUUAAUAUAAAGGAUAGAUUUUCUAACUGUAUUUUUACAACUAAACAUUUUGCCAAGAGAAAUAUUGAUAUUCAGAGAUGUUCAUAGAAACAAUAUGAUACUAAACUCCUAUAAAAUUGA